AGAUUUGCCUGUGGGAUGUAGAAUCCUAGAAUGUUGGAACUGAAAGAGACCAUAGCUCAUAGAAUGUUUGGGGUCAAAGGAACCUUAGAAACCAAUUGAGGUUCAUUCCAGCAAAUACUGGUUGAUCAUUUGCUAGGAAUGUUGUAGAGGAAAUUCAUACUUCAGAUUUAAGAGACACAGACCAGUAAAAGUGACAUUACGGCAGUAGCCACCGCAGCAGCAGCAACAAGAUGCCUGGACUACUCAACUCUAGCACCUGGGAACCACUUCCACUCACCUCCUCUGAGAUCACCUCCUGUGUCCAGGGUUAUGCCUUUGGGCUCAUGGCCUCUCUCACCUAUGACAAUGUGGAAGUCCAGCCUUUCCAAGGUCUCUUCGUGUACCCCCUGGAUGAGCACACUACAGUGGUUGGAUUCGAAGCCAUCAUCUCUGAGAGAGCCGUGACAGUACAGAUCAAGGACAAAGCCAAACUCAACAGUAACUACAUUGACAUGCACCGGCCUCAUAAUGGUAUGGGCAAGAUCACUUUGGAUGAAGACCUGGAGCGGAUCGUGUUUUUGGCUAAUCUGGGUACAAUUGGCCCCCUGGAAAGUGUGUCCAUCUUCAUCAGCACCUCUUCAGAACUUCAGACUCUGCCAAGUGGAGCUGUAAGAGUCCUGCUGCCAGCUGUGUGUGUCCCACCUGUCCCUCACACAAAUAAUAGCAUCUCUGCUCGACCUUCCCGAGGAAGCAAACAUAUUUGUGUGCCCAAGAACUUUGAGCAAACCAGCAAGCCCCUGUGUAUAACCCAUCUAUUAGAAAAUGAAGUCAUCAACCCCAUGGAGUAUGAAUUUAACUUCCAACUAGAGAUCCGAGGACCUUGCCUCCUCGCAGGAGUCGAAAGUCCCACCCAUGAGAUCCGAGCAGAUGCCUCUCCAUCCGCCCACUCUGCCAAGAGCAUCAUCGUCACACUGGCCAAUAAGCAUACUUUUGACAGGCCUGUGGAGAUUCUUAUUCACCCCACUGAGCCUCACAUACCACACAUCCUGAUGGAGCAGGGGGAUAUGACCCAAGGACAGUUUGAACAGCACUUGAAGGGGAGAAGUGACUUCACCAAAGGGACCAAGAAAAUGAUCAACACUCAGAGAAAGAUGGAAAUAAUCAGGAAACGUCUCCACAAGGAUAUCCCUCACCACUCAGUAGUCAUGCUCAACUUCUGUCCUGACCUCCAACUAUCCCGAUCAAGCCUUCGCAAGACCCAUGGAGAGUUCAUUUUUCUCAUUGAUCGAAGUGGAAGUAUGAGUGGAAUCAACAUCAACCGAGUCAAGGAAGCUUUGAUACUUAUGCUCAAGAGUCUCAUGCCAACAUGUCUGUUCAACAUCAUUGGAUUUGGCUCCUCCUUUAAGACCCUAUUCCCUUCCAGUCAGCUCUACAAUGAGGAGAGUUUGAGUAUCGCAUGUGAAAACAUCCAGCAUAUUCGGGCUGACAUGGGUGGCACCAACAUCCUGUCCCCACUCAAGUGGAUCACCCGGCAGCCCACCCAUGUUGGCCAUCCACGCCUACUGUUCCUUCUCACUGAUGGCUCAGUCAGCAACACAGGGAAAGUGCUGGAGUUGGUACGAAGCCAUGCUUUCACCACCAGGUGCUAUAGCUUUGGGAUUGGUCCAAAAGCCUGUCCCAGACUGGUUGAGGGACUGGCAGCUGUGUCUAAAGGCAGUGCAGAGUUCCUGAUGCAAGGAGAAAGACUCCAGCCCAAGAUGAUCAAGUCUCUGAAGAAGGCCAUGGCCCCUGUUGUCAGCGAUGUCACUGUGGAGUGGAAUUUUCCAGAGAGCACUGAAGUCUUAAUAUCACCUGUCAGCACCGGCUCCCUCUUCCCUGGAGAUCGGUUGAUGGGCUACGGCAUCGUGUGUAACUCUUUUUACCAGCCCAGCUCCAGAUCUAUUCAGCAUUAUGGUGCACCACGCUCCCAGAGUUCUGUGUUCUACCAUUCCCAGGACAAGGGAUCUGCUCCAGAAAGUGGGGACUGCACCCAAGAAGCCCUGGAAUUCAGUGCCUCUGAGAAGGGCCAGGAUAUACCAGCAUUCACCAAAGAUGCCAACAUGAUCCGAGGACUAGAUCACUCAAUGCAACACCGGGCGUACAGCACCAGUCAGAUUCCAGAACUCAAAUCGUGCCUCAGGAUGCCCAACACCAGUGACUCCGCCAUCAUAUCAGGAAAACACCUACUGCGGAAAACCCAAGGGCAGGACGUGAUGGACUACUUCGUCACAGAACCCUGCCUGUGGCAGGCUGAGUCCCAGCACUCGAGAUGUACCACCCCAGAACUCCAGCCACUGAAGAUCACGGGGAGUGCUCGGAAGUCCUUGCCACGAUCGGGCUGCUCGAACUUGUCCCGCUGGUCUGAGGGCCAGUCCCGGGGACCAGUGAAAGACCAGGACCAAUGGGACUCAGCCGUCUCCUUGAGAUCCUCCUCUUCUGACAGCCACAGCUUCAGCCUUGGGGAUCAGGCAGCUCUCUUUGAGUCUGAAAUGGAGCCAGAGCAAGAAUCCCCCUCCAAGGAGGAUGCAUCGUCUCAGGUCAUACAGAAGAUGCGUCACAGCUGCUUCCCGAUGCCCCGACUUCUCUGCAAGGCUGUGGUCAGAGGCAUAAAGAAUAGCAAGCCAGUGCAGUGGGAGGUAGCCUUCGACCUGAGAGACCUGGAGCAUGACCUGCGGAAUCAUGAUAACCCCAACAGCGAACCUGACACUGACCUUUGGAAAAGGACCUUCCACCAUUUGGCAGCCAGGUCCAUCAUCAGAGACUUCGAGCAGUUGGCUGAGAUAGAGAAUGAUAUUGAACCAGGCUCUGCCCAUCGAUUCCAAGCGAAUGCUGUGCACACCAGCAGGGCCUGCAACAUCAUCAGCAAGUACACGGCCUUUGUGCCCAUGGACCUCAGGAGCCGAAUCUAUCUGCCCACCCUGGUGGAAUACACCAACACAGGCAGUUUAUCCAGUUUAUCCAAAUCAAGCAGCUCGAAGAGCAUAGUCAUGGGGAUCCAGAAACAGAAGGGGUUAGCCAUGAAUCUCAAGCAAGCCCAGCUCAUCUUCAGGCAAGACGUAGUGGUGGACGGUGGACUCUACAACCUAAGAGAGCUAGAGAAAAAGAAAGAGAGAGGAGAAGGAGAAGGGAGAGGGAGAGAAAGGGAGAAAGAGAUUGGCUUCUGGAGCAGAGAUCCCAGCAGAGGAGAGGUCAAUUCUGGAUUGACCAUCAAGAUACAAGAUCUAGAAGAAAACAGUGCAUCUGGCAGCCCACCUCCCAACAUCAGAACCGAAAGAACCACCAUUUGGGACCGUUCCCUGUACAAAUCAUUGUUCAAUCCCGGCUCCAGCCUUAGGGCCUCAGAGACCCUCUUGGGGACCAGGCUGAACCUGAACAAGAGCAAAUUAUUGAGUCGAGCCACCAAGGGGUUGAUGUUCAAAGCCCCAGCACCAUCCUCCCAGUCCCAGGAGAUUCCCCUUGAGACCGAGAACUUGGAUUAUUUACCUCUGGUCUUUCUGCAGCUGGCCUCUGGGGCCUUCCUACUCAACCAGGCCUUCUGCAGGGCCACGGGAAUCCCCAUGGAGAAGCUCAAGUGGACCUCACCCUUCACCUGCCACCGAGUGAUGCUGACAUCCUGCUCCCACAAUUCCUCCCGUAACCAAGACUUCCUGUCAGCGGAGCCCAGGAGUCCAAGCCUUAAGAAGUCCAGCAGGGCUUUCCAUUCCUCGGCUCACGGCCAGCUCUCCCCCAAGAGCUCAGAGACCCUCUGCCGCGUCCCCUGCCCCGAGCCCCUGCCCUCCCCCCCGGAAGACUCUCCCCACGACGACGGCUUCCACAGGGCCGACAGCAAGCAGGCGCUGGAGUCUCACGAGCCCGAGCAAGCCGGCAAGGUGUGGGCCACCGCCGUGGCCUUGGGGUGGCUGGAAAACAGCUCCGCUUCCUACUUUGUGGAGUGGGAACUGGUGGCAGCCAAAGCCAGCUCCUGGCUGGGAGAGCAGAAGGUCCCCGAGGGCCGCUCCCUGGCCUCCAUCAAGACUGCGGCUCAACAGCUCUUUGUCCUCCUUCGGCACUGGGACGAGAACCUUGAGUUCAACCUGCUUUGCUACAACCCCAAUAGUGUGUAGGGUUUUUUGCGGGUGGGGAAUUUGGGUUGGGGGAGAGCAAAGGAGCAGUGGAGGCCUGGGGGAAAACCCAGGCUACGGCCAAUAUAUUUGGAAAAAAUCA